UCGUUCAAAGUAAAAAGGACGAAAACAUUAAACGGCCAAAUGAAUGUAACUUAAUUGCAGGUUAAGUGAAUGCUACUGUUUUGAAAUCUAUCUAAGCUACGCAUACUGUGACUGAUGCAUUGAAAUUACAAGGAGACGUCAUUGCAACAACAUUUGAACCUCAUUGUUUAGGAAGCGUUCGAACGCUCUUGCAAGAGAAAGUGUCAUUUGGUCACUGGAUCAAAGGGCAAUGACAUUCAUUUUCAGAUCUACUCUGAUGAGAAACAGGAGUUUCUGGCUUCCUGCCAUCAGUGCUGUAAGAACCAUGUCAUCACAAACAGGCCCCACCCCUCCUUUCUCCACCUUGUCUGUCAGUCGGCCUGUUAAUGCGGUCACUCAUGUGGAACUGCACCGCCCUGAGAAACGUAACGCCAUGAACAGAGCCUUCUGGAGUGAAAUGGUGGAGUGCUUCAAUCAGAUAGCUUUAGACUCUGAGUGUCGGGCCGUAGUCGUCUCAGGUGCCGGGAAAAUGUUCACUGCAGGUAUCGAUCUGAUGGAUAUAGCCAGCGACGUCCUGCAGCCCGGAGGGGACGACACUGCCAGGAUAUCAUGGAACAUUCGCCGCAUCAUUUCCAAAUAUCAGGAGACGUUCUCAGUCAUUGAAAAGUGCCCAAAACCUGUGGUGGUGGCAGUGCAUGGGGCCUGUAUAGGAGGAGGGGUGGAUCUGAUAACAGCAUGUGAUAUCCGUCUCUGCACGCAGGACGCGUGGUUCCAGGUUAAGGAGGUGGACAUUGGCUUAGCAGCAGAUGUGGGGACCCUGCAGCGUCUGCCAAAGGUGAUCGGGAGUCGCAGUCUGGUGAACGAGUUGGCUUUGACAGCACGGAAAAUGUAUUCCGACGAAGCCAAGAGCUGUGGUCUGGUGAGUCGCGUGUUUCCGGAUAAAGAUGCUAUGAUGGCAGGCGCUCUGGAGCUGGCUGGGGAAAUCGCAGGUCGUAGUCCUGUUGCAGUUCAGGGAACCAAAAUUAACCUCAUCUACUCCAGGGACCACUCUGUGGCUGAAGCACUGGAUUACAUGGCGACAUGGAACAUGAGUAUGCUGCAGACAGACGACGUCAUGAAGUCUGCUCAGGCUGCCAUGGAGAAGAAGAAUCCUAAAGAAGUGCCCUUUUCCAAACUCUGAGCUCUAAAACAGACAGAUUCAGAGAGGGCCUGGAACACCAGGGCCACGCAAAGACCCCUCUGUUUUCAGCUUCACACAGAGACAUCAUGACUUACAAUUAAUUAGUUUCUCAGUUCAGUCGGGUCCACGGGUUGUAGAAGAGCAAAGCAAAAUCCUUUGGAAACUGCGGAUUUUGUUUCUGCGCUGGUAUCAUCUUUCUUGGGCAGAUGAUAAGAUUUCAUUAUUGUAAGAAUGAAGCUUAGGAUGAUAACUGCUGCUCCCUUUAACACUGUUCUCAAAAGACAAUGUCAGUUACAACAGAGUGGUUACUGACUGUCAACUCACAUCAGUUACCAUUAAAUAACUUGAAUGUUUUUACUUCCUUGUGUGACAGUACUGCUAUGUGGUUUUCUUUAUUCAAUAACCAUGGAAUUAAGCACAUGUCAACUGACUAGAGCCUUAUUUUUGUUGUGCAUAUAUAAAUUACUCUUUGCCAAUUG